GCCGGUAGUCCCAGAGACUCCACGUGGGCUCGGAUUUGGGAUGUUUUCCGGCUGGGCCAUGGAUACACCGCUGAGGCGCAGCCGGCGGCUGGGAGACCUAAAGCGUGAGUCUCCCGAGAGCCCCACCUCGGUUUUGCAGGCAAGACCGGCCCUUGUGGAAUUCGAAUCGAAUCUAGAAACCAGGGAGCCCGCCUCUCCUCGGCAUGAGAGGCAACCCGGCCUGGAGUUCCCGCAAAGUCAGCCGGAGACGUGUCCAGGUUCACCUCGUCUACGACCAGGGGUAGGCUCGGGGUCUCCCCGAAGGGAUUCGAGCCCAAGAUCCCCCCUGGAUCCCCCCAGGUCCAGGCCUGCAUCUGGCCUGGAGUCUCCCCGAAGACAACCAGAGUCGAGCCUUGAGUCCCCCCGACGUCAGCCAAAGCCAAGUGGGGAGUCACCAAAGUUCUUCCAGAACCAAGAGGAACCGGACGCGGAAUUGGCCCACAGUAGGGAAGAGCUGGCCGGGGAGUCCCACCGACGUCAGCUGCAGCCGGGCCCAGGAUCGCCAGAGCCUAACCCCGGUCAACAAGCGCCAGGUCCCGAGCCCUCGUCCCCGCUGCAGGACCUGACACCUCAGUCAGCUGACUCCACGCGGGGUCAGCGCCAGCCACCUCCAGCCGGGACUGGGGAGCCGGAGAAAGACGGCCAGUGGCCAAAGAAGCGAAAAGGAUCUCCCGCCCAGGCCCCAGCGCCCAAGAAGUUGAAGGAGGAGGUGGAGAUUCCUGUAAUCCCGAAGGGAAAGCCCAAGUCGGGGCGCGUGUGGAAGGACCGCUCCAAGAAGAGAUUCUCCCAGAUGGUUCAGGACAAGCCCCUGCGCACAUCCUGGCAGCGGAAGAUGAAGGAACGGCAAGAGAGGAGGCUGGCCAGGGAUUUUGCACGGCACCUGGAGGAGGAGAAAGAGAGGCGUCGGCAGGAGAAGAAACAGCGCAGGGCCGAGAACCUGAAACGCCGCCUGGAGAACGAGCGCAAGGCAGAGAUAGUCCAAGUGAUCCGAAAUCCCGCCAAGCUCAAGAGGGCCAAGAAGAAGCAGCUGCGCUCCGUCGAGAAGCGGGAUACUCUGGCCCUGCUGCAGAAGCAGCCGCCUCAGCGGCCAGUGGCCAAGGCCUGAGCUCGGGACUGCCCGGAGGCCUCCUGCAGCCAACCAUCAUGUCAGACCGUGGCACCAUGGUCGCACAACUCCGCCGGACCCAGCACCCCAACUCUAGCUCCAGCACAGGGGCCCCACUCCAGAUUGGGCUCCGGCUCGGAGCCUUUGAGGGCUCUUAGUCAGGUCUUUGUGAGACAGGGGCCCAGAGGGAGCCUGGGACCUGGCAGAGAUGAGGGGCUGGGGCAGGGGAAGAGGUUCGGCGCCCUCCUGUCUGCUUCUCUCCUUCUCCAAGUGCCUUCAGACCAAGGAGAAUAAAUUCUUCCGGUUUCUUAGGGAGCUAGUGACUGAGGAGUGACUCCCCUGAAUGCACAAGUUCUGUGUCAAGGUCCUGGGUCCACCCAGGCCAGGAGGCCCUCAGUCGGGAUCCAGCUCCGCCAUACCUUCCCAAAGCCUACUUUGGGUACCUCUGCACUGUACUGACCCCUCCCCAUGCUGAAUCCAGCUCCACCCUCUUUUUUGCAACAGUGAAAGGUGAAAGUGCAAGGUUGCAGGGAGUGGCAUUUCUCUCCAGCCCGCUCUUUCCUGUACCAGCCCCUGCAGGAGCCCCACAGGUCUGACUGUCUGGCGCCAGUCCUGCCUGCGACAGACAUAUUGACUGACCACCUGCUGUGUGCAGGCCCAGGUCUAGGUUCCCAGGAAUACAGGCAGAAGUCCCUGCCCUUGAGCUUUCAUUCUUACAGAGAAAACAUAAUAAACUAGUAAAAUUUA